AUGGGGGAUUUACCAACAGCACGAGUUACCGUCUCUCGUCCAUUUUUGCGAACAGGUGUGGACUACUUUGGGCCCAUUUAUGUCAGACCCGCUCCGAGACGUCCAGUAGUAAAAGCCUAUGUGGCAAUUUUUAUUUGCAUGUGUACCAAGGCCGUGCACCUAGAGCUCGCCACAGACUUGUCAACCGAUAAGUUCUUACAAGCCCUGCGACGAUUUGUAUCGAGAAGAGACCGCUGCGCAGAAAUGUUUCCCGACAACGGCACCAACUUUGUCGAAGCACUAAAUAAACUGCAGGAUUUUCUAAAACUGCUUCGGAACAGCAAGCAUCACGACAUCGUUUCCAAAGAACUGGCAGAGGAGGGAAUUCAGUGGUACUUUAACCCACCUAGUGCACCCCACUUUGGAGGCUUGUGGGAAGCAGCAGUUCGUUCAGCUAAAACCCACUUAUUAAAGGUGGUUGGAGAGAAUCCCGUGUCCCCUGAAGAUAUGACGACGCUAUUAGCUCAGGUGGAAGCAUGCCUUAAUUCUCGCCCUCUCACCCCCAUGUCCGAUGAUCCCAACGAUCUGCAACCUUUAACGCCUGCACAUUCUCUGGUAGGAGAAUCACUCCAAGCAUUACCAGAACCAAAUUUGGAGGAUCUACCAACCAACCGAUUAAAUCACUGGCAGUUAAUGCAGCGAAAAUUGCAAGAUUUCUGGAGGAGGUGGCGCAGAGAAUUUUUAUGUCAACAACAGGGGAGAGCUAAGCGUUGGAAACCAGCUGUUCCGAUCGGCAUAGGUCAAUUAGUCAUCAUUCAAGAUGAUAAUCAACCCCCUAUGCGGUGGAAAAUGGGAAGGAUAAUUCAAGUUCAUCCUGGCGGGGAUGGUACGAUAAGGGUGGUUACAUUGAAAACCGUCAGUGGAACCCUAAUGCGCCCAGUAGAGAAGAUCUGCAUUUUACCAUUUGCGGACAACACCGAGCUUCAAGACGCAACAGCCGACAGUCAUCAAUCCUGA